AUUUUUUGUUUAUUUAUUUAUAUUUAGCGGUGUAUUAAAACUUUUUUUGGGGGGGGAAAUUGUGAAUAUAUUAUAGAUUCGAAGUUGGUUUAUUUAGAGCAGUAAUGGCGAGGAAGAUCAUGAUAAAUGUUGUGUUGUGUUUAUUACUCUGCGACUUCGGACUGCAACUUGUCAUGGCAGAGGAACCGAAGUUGUCUGAAGAAUCAAACGAAAUCGCCGACACGCCUCUUGAUAACGAAAACGGAAAUCCUAAAGAAAACGGAGUUCAGGAAGAGAAGCCUAAGAGUGAUAAAGAUAAGAAAAACGAAGAAGACGAAGAAAUAGAUGUAGAAGGACGAAUCGUUGUGGGCGUGCAGGAGGGAUGGGCGGACGGGCGUGUGGAGGAAGCGCAGCUGGUCAAAUCUGCUAAUAGAUUUAAUUACAAAAUUCAGAUUGCAAGAGACGGUGCGAUUUCUUGCAAAGAAGAAGGACAAGAUAACGAUAACGAAGAUGAUUAUAUUCUCAUUUAUCUUCCAAGAGCUGAGGGCGUGGUCCAGGCGCCCGCGAGCGACCUCCUGAAGGGGCUGAAGGCGGCGGGGGCGAGCAUCCUUCUACCCGAAGGCAGCAUCAACGCUCUGGUCGGCUGGGGUCAGGUCGUGAGGCAGGCGGCGCGUGCGGAGGGCGUGAGUGACUUCGGAGAACUGGUCGAGAUCUUACGUCGUGACCCUGAUCUCCGAAGCAAGUAUCGAAGCCGAUUCGACUCUGAGGGUCGCGUAUUCCAUGUUCUGAAUGACCUUUCGCACGUCAACAACCACGGAUUAGAGGUCGUGGAGGUCAAGGAAGGUGAUAUGUCACGGUACGAAUUCAGAGUGAGUGGACACGCCCCUUCUGUUAUCUUGGCCACGCCUACGAGCGAGAGGGGGCGGUCGGUACUCCUCGCUGUUUCGGAUUACCUGGUCGGGAGUCAUGAGCCGGGUGUCGGAUGCGUCGAUUGCAUUACUUCGGAUGACCCCGAACUCUUCCUGAACGUGAGCCGGGUGACGCUGGUGGGCGUGUUCGUGACCCGCCCACAGCCCUUUCUCGAAGACGCCCUCGCUUCUCUCCUCGCCACUGGCCUCCACCCGAACAAGACCGUCGUUUUGGUCUAUAAUACGAUAGAGGAAUACACCCCCAAAGUGAACCGAUUCAGCCAGAGGCUCCGUGAAGAACAGGGCAUCUUGAACGUCACAGUUAUGCAGGUGUCGGGAAAGGAGCCGGGCGUGGGCGUGGUCAAGAACAUGAUGCUAGAAGAAUGUCUGAGAAUAAAAUGCGGCUGGUUUCUCCACGUCGACGCAGCGGUUUUCCUGAACCCUAUGGUCCUCGGCUUACAGACUUCCUUGGGCCACCCUGUACUCGCUCCGGCUCUGAGCAUCCAGAGUAGAAUUCCUGCUUCCUUCUGGCGCGAGUUGGAUCCUGACCUUCGCCCCGCCUACUCCUGGGACCACGCCCAGAUCCUCAAAGGUCAAGGGAGCGCUCGCGGGUACUGGCACGCCUCCUGCAUCAGGGGCGUGUACUCCGUUCGCCACGACGUCCUGGAGCGCGUGAGGAGCCCUUACACUCACGCCUUUCCUCUAGCCACUGAAGAAGACCCCGACCUCGCCUUCUGCAGCGCCCUGAGGGAGGCUGGCGUGCCCAUGGUGGUGCAGACGGCGUUCCAGGAGCAGGGUGCCCUUCUGAACACCUCCGGGCACGACAUUGGCACUCGUGAUAUUACCACGUUCUCGUCUAACCCGCUUCUGUGGCAUCUGUUCUAUGUGCACCCGGAUUACAAUAAGAUUAUGGGAGGCGAGUUCAGCUUCGUGGACAGGCCAUGUUAUGAAGUGUACGUGUUCCCCACCUUUAGUCAGCGCUUUGCAGCCGAACUCGUGCAAAUUGCAAACUCUGUGAAUCAGUGGUCAACUGGAACAACGAAGCAGGACAUGAGAAAGAAGAACGGCGUCGAGGAAGUUCCCACAGUAGACCAGUGGUUCUCGCAGCUUGGUUUAGACAAUCUGAUGGACGAGCUCUUCGGUUCCGUCUUCCAGAAUCUAGAGAUGCUUGCUUAUCCCAGCUCAUAUCCGGACGCCAUAACACUGUCUCUCAUUGCAAGAUUCAAGGCAGAUGAAGUACCAGGGUUAUCAAAGCAUAAUGAUGCCUCGGUUGCCACUCUUGCUAUUAAUCUCACACCCAGUGAGCUCUAUAAGGGGGGUGAAGUGGAAUUCCCUGUACAAGAGUGUCGCAUCAAGCCAGAAGCCGGUCAGGUAUUAGUGUACCCCGGCCGUCUCACACACCCGAAGAUUUUCCACAAUGUGACUGAGGGUAUUCUUCAUAGGGCUAUUAUCAUGAUUGAUAGUAAGGACAAAAUGCUUGAUUAACAGUUCUUGCUUGUUGAUAGAGGCUGUCUUUUGAGAGUCUGAGUGUGUAUUUAUAAAGAAGGAAUGGAUUAUUUAUAGAAAUGGUCGUAAAGGGAAUGACAAUGGGCUUUGUGGUAUAUCAGUUAAAACUUCUGAAAUCAGGAACAUAAUCUUAGUUAUAGUUAUGUCAAAUGUAAAUUAAUGUAGUCAGUUCUUUUCUCUAAAUUUCUUGAUGCAAUUUCAGUGGAUAGCAGAAAUAUUUGUUUCUUUUAGGCCUUCAUAGAAUUGAACUCAGUAAUAACUGCUAUGAUAUUACCUGCAUAUUAUGUGUUAACGACUUUCAUACAGUUAUUAAAUAAGUUUAGCAAUAGUGUUUUUUUUAAUCUACGUAUAU